GUGCCCGCUCGAAAUCUGGUUGCUCUCUUAGUCUCUUGCCUCGCUGUACCCUUGCUAUGGAGCACGAGAAUGAUUCGGAGCCUGUUUUAGAUCUUUCUGAUGUGGUCCACGACGAGACUAUGGCCGACGACGAGGCCGACGCCCUUCCCAGCUCACCCAUGGACAUGUUGUUGCAACGAGAGCUGGUGACUCUACUGAACCAGAACGCGUCGGAUGCAUCUGCUGCGCUUAUGCGCGCUGCGGCCCAACAACGUCUAGGAAGUCCAGAUCGCGAGGCGGAAUCGAGUCCUGCCCUUAGUCUUGGACUGGCUGCUGCAUUGCAAGCUGCUCAAGCCCAGGCCGUCAAGAACCAACGCGCAGCUGCCGAGCUUGCAGCAUGCGAUCCGGAAUUUGUUCAUCAGCGCAGCUCAGGAAUGGAUGGAAAUCCACAGAAGAGUACGCGUGCAGCGCCUGCCUUUCACUCUUUGACGGCGGUCGAGGGAUCAAGCAGUACGCUCAAGGACCGUGGAAAACGAGGCAGUAGGAGAGGGGGACAGAGCACCGAUUUCAUGUACUCUGACGAGGAUGACGACCUCGAUGAAGACUCGGAUGCAGACGAGGAACGCAGGCCCUCUCAUCCGACACCCCGUCCAAGAUCCCAGUCGCUGCAAUUGCCCUCCGGCUUUUCGGACGUUAACGACAUCUUGACACAACUCUCGACACAUUUCGAUCCUGAACCAGACCCUCGGCCGUCAUCACCCGAUUCCUCUCCCGUUGUCCCUUACAUUCGCUCACAUGCUAUUCCCCCCGACGUGCCUGGACCAAUAAGCAUUCUAUUGCCGCUAAAUCAGGCAGCCGAGCCACAACCGGUUGCGUCUACAUCUGCACUGCCGACCAGGUCAAGAGAACUACAUGCAUGUGAUCAUGAUCAAUGCCACAAGUCAUUCAGUCGACGCAGCGACUUGGUCAGGCACAUGAGGAUUCACACUGGGGAACGUCCUUUUCCAUGCAGCCACUUGGGAUGCGGGAAAACAUUUAUUCAACGCUCAGCCCUGCAUGUCCACCUUCGGGUGCACACCGGAGAGAAGCCUCAUAGCUGUGAAUAUCCCGGUUGCGGCAAGACAUUCGGGGACUCGAGCAGCCUCGCCAGACAUCGCAGGACACACACUGGGAAAAGGCCAUACAAGUGCGAAGAUCUUGCAUGCGAGAAAACCUUCACGCGCCGGACAACUCUAACGCAGCAUAUGAAAACACAUGAUCCCAACUGGGAACCGGAUCCAAAUCGGAGGUAUAAUUUCAAAUCCAAGCCACGUAAAGCCUCUGAAGAGGAGGACGAUGAUCUGAUGGAUUCCGUUCGGACGAUCUCGGCCUUCUUCCAAUCUGAAACGCAGCAGCCAGCGGACAUGCGAGUGUCGAGUAUCGGUGCAGAGAUUGCCGCCGCGAUUGCGCAUGCGCAGUCUCGAAUAUACGACGAUGACGAGGACGAAGAUGAUAGUCUGAUGCAAGAGACCUCGAUCGGGCCCAACACAAGCGGUAUCCGGGGCGGCUAUCACCGGGCCGACGGAGAGGACGGGCCGGACGAAGAUAGUGACACAUUUCCUGUCCCUUUACGCUCGCGCCGGCGGGGUAAGGAGGCAGAUAUGUUCCCCAGUCUCCUGAAAUUCAAGCAUUGAACAACGAUCAUUGGCGUCCCUGUUGUGUUUUUGUACAAUCUUUGCUGUAAAAGUAGACCCGAUCACAUGUCAUGUUUUGUGUGUGCUAUUUUCGCCAGAGGUGGCGGGAAAAGUCUCUUGGCCCGGGAUGAGGGGAGAGCAGUUCCGUCCGAUCGACACCCGAUCUAUUCCGAGAUAUAAAGUGACCGUGCUACCCCGCUUUCUUUCAAACGCCCAUGGCUACUGAGGAAACCCCCAACGUCGAUCUGAUCACCCUGACCCGUCAUGUUCUGCAUGAUCAGAUACGGCUCGGGCCCGCAGCCACGGGCGAUCUCACCCUUCUGUUAACGGCUAUCCAAGUGACCAGCAAGUUCCUGGCCAGCAACGUUCGAAAGGCAAGACUGAUAAACCUGUCGGUGCAGUCAGCCCAUCGGAUUCGACAUAACUGACAUUUCGCAGUGUUGGCCUCGCAGGCGAGACAAAUGUACAAGGCGAAGAGCAGAAGAAAUUGGAUGUGUUGUCGAACGAUAUCAUGGUCAACGCGCUGAGGGCCUCACGCAAGACUGCGGUUCUAGUCUCAGAAGAAAUCGAGGAAGCUAUCAUCAUCGAGGACAAAUACAAAGGCAAAUAUUGUGUCGUCUUCGACCCUCUCGAUGGCAGCAGCAACAUCGAUGCUGGUGUCAACGUAGGCACCAUCUUUGGCAUCUACAAAGUGGUAUGUGCCAACAGUGUAUGCAUGGACUCUGCCGAAUUCACAAUCAUCGUCGAUAGCGACCCGAAUCCAAGGGUACCAUUGAGGAUGUUCUGAGACCCGGCAGUGAGAUGGUUGCUGCAGGCUAUACCAUGUGAGUCUGGUCCGACAGCUCCCUUCCAAGCUUGCUCAUCGACAACCAGGUAUGGAUCCUCCGCCAACCUGGUCCUCACAACUGGAUCCGGCGUCAAUGGGUUCACAUUGGACACGUCCCUUGGAGAAUUCAUCCUCACGCAUCCUGAUGUGAGAACACGCUCGCCGCGGGUCAUACAUGCGCUGAUCCACGACUAGAUCAAGAUACCCCCUAGAGGAAAGAUCUACUCGUUCAACGAAGGCAACGCAAGCUAUUUCCAUCCUCCCGUGACCGCGUACCUGGAGUCCAUCAAGUUCCCUGCUCCCCCGAAGACCCCAUACAGUGCCCGCUACAUCGGGUCAAUGGUCGCGGAUGUUCACCGUACUCUCCUUUACGGUGGUAUCUUCGGGUAUCCUGACGACAAGAAGAGCAAGAGCGGGAAGCUGAGAAUGCUGUACGAGGCAUUCCCAAUGGCUUUCUUGACUGAGCAGGCAGGAGGCAUUGCGACGACCGGAACCCAGCGCAUCUUGGACCUCGUGCCAACGAGCAUUCACCAGCGCUGUGCUGUGUUCCUGGGCAGCAAAGAUGACGUGCAGGACUUGAUGAAGUUCUACGAGAGCAAGUAAUAGAGAAUGAUGUAAUUUGAUUUAUGUAGCCGCUGCCCCAGUGGCUGUGAUAUACCGUUGUUCUUUCGA